AAAAAUUAUCAUGUGGAACGACCGGGUUGAAAUAUAAAUUCACGACAAUACGACACGUCAGUAAACAACAGGACGAGUCGAGGAGCCGAACGACAGGAUUGUAUUCGGAUUUAUCAGAGAACGUAGGGGCUCGAUUAGAUGUUGUCCGCGAAGUGGGGAAGUUGCAUAAAAGAUAACGUGCCUCACUCACGGAGGUCAGUCGGCGAUUGGGAGGCGGUCACAAAUCGCAGCUGCGGAGAACGUUCGUGAAACUCUUCAUCAAAACCGCUAGAUCAAAUUGUUUCGUAAAACGGUAAAAGGAUAGGCGAAUCGAUAUGCUGCGCCUAAUCUUGGUAGCAGCAGUUAUAACUCUAGUGGCAACCAAACCAGCGACGGAGGAUACAGUGGAAAUCAGCACCGAAAAUCCGCAGACUGCCGAAAAUCUCCUGAACAAUGCCCAACAACUCCUAAAAAACAUCAACGCGCGAUACGCAGAAUGGAGUAACAAGCAAAGCAUCACCUCAUGGAAUUACGCAUCGAAUAUGACGAAUGAGAACCUGGCAGAGAAGCUGAGAGUGUCCGCGGAAGCAGCAAAUGCCUCCAAGCAGAUUGCUCAGGAAGUGAACGCCUUCCCUUGGAGAGAAUUGGAAGAUGAGUCUAUCAAGAGGCAGUUCAAAAAACUCGGUACACUCGGCACCGCCGCUCUUCCCGAAGACAGUUACAAAGAGUUCGAGAUGACAAUCAGUAAGAUGGAAAACAUCUACAGUACUGCGAAGAUCUGCGACUACAAAGACAAGAACAAGUGCGAUCUCGCGCUCGAGCCGGAGAUCACCGAGAAGCUGAUGAGUAGCCGCGAUCCUGAGGAGCUGAAGCAUAUCUGGAUAGAAUGGAGGAAAGCGUCGGGCGAGAAAGUCAAGUCUCUGUUCCCUCAGUAUGUCGAGCUAGCCAACACCGCGGCAAGACUUAAUAACUUCUCCGACUACGCAGAAUAUUGGAUGAAAGACUACGAGGCUGCUGAUUUCCCUGAGCAAAUCGAGAACCAAUGGCAACAAUUAAAGCCACUGUAUUUACAACUGCACGCCUACGUACGGCGCGAGCUCAGGAAGAAGUACGGCGAAGACAUCGUCUCCGAAGACGGCCCGAUCCCGGCGCAUCUAUUGGGCAACACCUGGGCACAGACCUGGUCGAAUAUCGCAGACUUCACCAUGCCGUUCCCGGGCAAACAGCUGCCGGACGUUACUGCCACUCUAGUCGAACAAGGUUACAAUGCAACGAGCAUGUUCCGCCUCGCCGAGAACUUCUUCACGUCGAUCAAUUUGUCUGCCAUGCCGGACACGUUCUGGGAAAAAUCGAUUCUGACGAAGCAGAAGGACGUAGACAUGAUCUGCCAUGCGAGUGCAUGGGAUUUCUACGACGGCAAGGAUUUCAGGAUCAAGCAAUGCACGCGCGUUAACAUGGAGGAUCUGCUGACGGCACAUCACGAGAUGGGUCACGUCGAGUAUUAUCUGCAAUACAAAAACCAGCCUACAGUUUUCAAGGAGGGCGCAAAUCCAGGUUUUCACGAGGCGGUCGGUGACGUUAUCUCUCUCAGCGUGUCCACCCCUAGUCAUCUCAAGAAGAUCGAUUUAUUGAAAGAUGACUCGACUGACCAGGAAGCACUUCUCAAUCACCUCUACGUGAAGAGUCUUGACAAAAUCGCUUUCUUGCCGUUCGCUUAUAUGAUGGACCGAUGGCGUUGGAAUGUAUUCCAGGGAAAAGUCACGCCUGACAAUUACAACUGUAACUGGUGGUUGCUCGCUGAGGAGUAUCAGGGCAUCGAACCUCCCGUGGAUAGGACGGAAGAAGACUUCGAUCCUGGUUCGAAGUAUCACAUAAUCGCGGACGUUGAGUACAUAAGAUACUAUGUGAGCUUCGUGAUACAGUUCCAAUUCCAUAAGGCAUUGUGCACCAAGGCGAAGGAAUACGACCCGAAUAAUCCAGAUACCAAGCUAUUGAGUCAGUGUGAUAUUUACGGUAAUAAAGAUGCCGGAAAUCUGUUAAAAUCUAUGCUGGAGUUGGGUUCUUCGAAACCAUGGCCAGACGCGAUGGAGAAAAUCUCAGGUCAAAGGCAAAUGGAUGCGGCUGGACUUUUGGAAUACUUUAAGCCCUUGACUGAUUGGCUAAUCAAAGAAAAUAAGAAAACUAAUGAAUACAUUGGAUGGAAACCCAGUAAAAAACGUACGUACCAUAACAGGUAAAACAUGGUGAAGGAACAGUUCAGGGAGACUAACGUCGCCAGCGAAGUCUCCCAUAUAUCCUUCGGAGUGGAUAGCAUGCACGACAUGGACAUGCAGGCCACUGUGGAGGUGAUUUCUAAAAACUUGUACAAUGAGGAUGCGAAGCGUACUCCGGCUCUGAAUGGAGCGCUCGAUAGGCGCAUGGGAGUGAGCUCCACAGGAGUUGACUGCGAAACGUGCGGUAAAAAGCUGAACGAUUGUGUAGGACACUUCGGCUACCUGGAUCUAGAACUGCCAGUCUUUCACGUUGGCUACUUCAGAUCUAUCAUCCAGAUUUUGCAGACGAUUUGCAAGAGUUGCGCACACGUGUUGCUAACGUCCGAAGAAAGAAGACAUUAUUCGCGCAAAAUACAAAAUCCGAAUCUAGGAUAUUUAUCGCGUAAAGCGUUGCGUAAGCAAAUCUGGGAGAAAGCGAAAAAGAAAACGGAAUGUCCGAAUUGUAAAGCAAAUAACGGCCCUGUGAAAAAGGCUGGUUUUUUAAAAAUUGUACAUGAGCAGUACAAGAAUUUAAAAAAGACAGAUCCUAUUAUUCAAGAGAAAUUGGCUGAAUUGGCCCCAAAGAUGGAUCGCGACAGAGAAUUUAAGAAUACAGUGGAGCAAAAUUACAGAGCUGUACUUGAUCGAUAUCUGUAUCCGACCGUGGUUGAAGAACUUUUUAAAAGAAUUCCAACGGGCGAUAUGUGUCUCUUGUUAAUGAAUCCUAACUGUGCAACACCAGUAGAUUUGAUACUAAGAAGGAUUCCUGUGCCACCAAUUUGUAUUAGACCUAGCGUUUUAUCUGACCUAAAGGCUGGUACAAAUGAGGAUUAUCUGACGAUGAAACUGUCAGAAAUAGCACUUAUCAAUGACGUUAUUCGCAGACAAAAUGGAGUUAAUGUAAAUUUGUACAUGGAACAUUGGGAUUUUCUUCAACUGCAUUGUGGUCUUUAUAUCAAUAGCGAAAUGUCUGGAAUACCUCUACAUAUGCAACCUAAGAAGUUUGGCAGAGGUAUAGUACAAAGACUGAAAGGAAAACAAGGUCGUUUCCGAGGUAAUUUGUCUGGUAAACGUGUUGAUUUUACUUCUCGUACAGUAAUUUCGCCCGAUCCAAACCUCAGGAUAGAUCAAGUUGGUGUACCUAUACAUGUUGCAAAGACCUUAACGUAUCCUGAAAGGGUUAUUCCGUCAAACAUAGAACUAAUGCGAAAAUUAGUCAGAAAUGGCCCGGACAUACAUCCUGGAGCGAACUAUAUACAAUAUAAGCACUCGCAAAACAGGCGAUACCUUAAAUACGCCGAUCGAAAUAAAGCCGCUCAAGAUUUACAGUACGGUGACAUUGUCGAGAGGCAUCUUAAAGAUGAUGAUUUAGUGCUGUUCAAUCGGCAGCCAUCCUUGCACAAAUUAAGCAUAAUGACACACAGAACCAAGGUAUUGGAGCAUCGAACGUUCAGAUUCAACGAAUGCGUCUGUACACCAUAUAAUGCAGACUACGAUGGUGACGAAAUGAAUCUUCAUUUGCCGCAGACUGAGGAAGCCAGAGCGGAAGCGUUGGUUUUGCUAGCGAAUAAAUCCAAUCUUUGUACACCUCGCAAUGGUGACUUAUUGAUAGCAGCAACGCAAGAUUUUAUCACCGGUGCUUAUCUCUUGACCCACAAGGACACGUUUCUCCAGAUAGAGCAAGUUAGAUUAGCUCUUUGCCUCUUAGCCGGCCCAGACGCUUCCAUGGUCGUAACUGUUCCUCCGCCUGCAAUCGUAAAACCGACGAGAUUAUGGACUGGCAAACAAAUAUUCAGCUUGAUUAUACGACCAAACAUGGAAUGUCCUGUCAGAGCAAAUUUAAAAGCAGAGGGCAAGAAGUACGAUAAAGAAAAAAACCAAGAAGAAUUGUGUGAUAAUGACUGUUAUAUCAUCAUACGCAAUUCCGAGCUUCUAGCGGGAACAAUGGAUAAAUCUGUAUUAGGCUCAGGAUCGAAGCAAAAUAUAUUUUACGUUCUGCUGCGUGAUUGGGGCGAAGAUGUUGCAAUCACAGCUAUGUGGCGUUUAACCAGAAUAACAAAUCAUUUUAAUUUUGACAAAGGAAUUUCUCUUGGUAUCGGUGACCUUAUACCCGGUCAAGGCCUUCUUCAAGCCAAGGAAAAAGUGUUGAACGAUCAUUACUCCAAAUGUAACGAAUACAUUCAACAACUGGAAAAGGGUCUUCUCGUUUGUCAACCUGGAUGUUCAGAAGAUGAAACACUGGAAACGAAAAUACUGAAAGAGCUUUCGGUGAUUCGUGACAACCUUGGUAAAGUGUGCCUAAAGGAACUUCACCCUACUAACACGCCCUUAACUAUGGCACUCUGUGGAAGUAAGGGAAGUGAAAUUAACAUUUCUCAAAUGAUCGCUUGCGUAGGCCAGCAAGCUAUCAACGGGCGAAGAGUACCGAACGGAUUCGAAAAUCGUGCAUUACCUCACGUUUUGGCACGUUUAAAGACGCCAGAUGCUAAAGGCUUCGUGGAAAAUUCAUUUUAUUCUGGAUUAGUGUCCAAGGAAUUCAUCUUUCAUGCGAUGGGCGGUCGGGAGGGUCUCACGGAUACCGCUGUGAAAACUGCGGAGACCGGAUACAUGCAGAGGCGGUUGAUCAAGAGUUUAGAGGACCUGUGUAUCCAUUAUGACAUGACAGUGCGCAAUUCGAUGCACGAUAUCAUACAGGUUCCGUACGGCGGAGAUGGAUUGGAUCCUACGUACAUGGAAGGUAAAGACUGUCCUGUGGACUAUAAAAGAGUGUACGAUCAUGUGAGAGCGAAAAUGCCUUAUAAAAAUGAAGAGUCUUUGAAUGCUAAAGACGUGGUAACUGCCACAGACGACAUGCUAAACUCUGAGGAGUACAAUUGCCUAAGUGAAGAAUUUAAACAGGAACUGACAGUAUUCCUGAAAUCGGAAGUCGCGCGAAAAAUAGCAUAUUAUCGACAGAACAUCACAUCGAAAACAUCACUCGAAACUCAAAAGGUGAUCUUGCAACUCGAACGUCUCACCGUCUCGCAAUUGGUAGAGUUUAUUCACACGUGUAAGGAGAAGUACAUGAGAGCUAAGAUUGAACCGGGCACUGCUGUAGGCGCACUCGCCGCGCAAAGUAUCGGCGAGCCGGGAACUCAGAUGACACUUAAAACGUUCCACUUCGCCGGUGUAGCGGCCAUGAACAUCACUCAGGGUGUGCCACGUAUUAGAGAAAUUAUUAACGCGAGUCCGAAGAUCAGUACUCCCAUCAUAACAGCGGCCUUGGUCAAUGAUAAAGAUUCUGAGUUUGCCGAACGAGUGAAGGCAAGAAUCGAGAAAACGACUCUGGGAGACGUAGCUGAAUAUAUCAAAGAAGUAUAUACGCACAAUGAUCAUUACCUUGUAAUAAAAUUAAAUAUCGAUAGGAUUAAAUUGUUGAAAUUAGAAAUUAAUGCUGAAUCUGUAUGCAAGAAACUCUGUGUUUCAAAAUUGAAGCUGGUACCAGAAAAUAUAAAAGUGUUAUCCGACCAGUCAACUAUUGUUAUUCGGCCAAGUCAACAAAAAGGUAGUUCAAAUUUUCCAUUUCGUCAAUUGACAGAGGCUAUUCCAAAUAUUGUAGUAAAGGGCUUGCCAUCAAUCAAUAGAGUAAUUGUGCAUAAUGACAACCUCGGAAAAAUAGAUAAAUUUACACUAUUUGUCGAAGGAGAUAAUUUUAGAGACGUUAUGGCAACAUCCGGUAUCCUCGGCAAGAAGACGAAGUCGAAUAAUACGAUAGAAGUUUUCAAUACGCUCGGAAUAGAAGCAGCGAGAGCAACCAUCAUGUCGGAAAUUAAAUCGGUAAUGGAAAAUCACGGAAUUAGUAUUGAUUGUCGACAUUUAAUGCUCUUGGCAGAUUUAAUGACUAGCAGAGGAGAAGUGCUUGGUAUUACGAGACAAGGAUUGGCAAAAAUGAAAGAAUCGGUUUUAAACUUGGCAUCGUUUGAAAAAACGGCGGAUCAUCUAUUUGAUGCGGCUUAUUAUGGACAAAAAGACAGUAUAUGCGGCGUAUCGGAAUCAAUCAUAAUGGGUAUUCCAGUUCCACUAGGCACGGGAAUCUUCAAACUGCUUCACAAAGCAGAUAAAAGUGAACCAAGCAAGAAAGAGCUUCUAUUUGAUGAUCCACAGUUUCACAAGCCACUCCGUUCUGGAAGACGACUCCAACGAAUACGACCGCGUCCAAUAUUACAAGUUUAGAAUUAAUAAAAUAUUUUAUAAUUAAUGACAAGGAAAAAUAAAUUAAUUUAAUAAAAAAAAGAUAUCCUUUCACGUACUGUACAGUUUUUGUAUUAAUUCUAAUCAUAUCACUUAUGUGCAAAGCAUUAUUUAAUUUAUAUAU